AUGCUAAUCCUAUUCAAGCAACUGUCUCUUUUCUUCUUAAUUUAUACUUCACUGAGUGUUUUGCAAAGGAGAAUUCUUUCUGGCUUCCACCGGCACAGCAACACCAGCCUAGAGAAAGAGAAAUCAAGAUGGAUAUGACUUUAGAAUUGCGGAAGAUCUUCCCACAUAUCAAAAACCAAGAUUGGAAAAGUUUGAUAAAGUUCUACAAAGACCGCCCUGAUUACUUGAUGUUUCCACUAAAUAUGAACGGCGACACAGCAUUCCAUAUUGCCAUGCACAGCAUGUCGGAGAAACCAUUUGUACAACUUCAUUCCAUAGCCGUGAGUUCCUCAGUAUACGAAGAUAUCUUCUUUGCGAGGAAAUCGAAUGGCUACACAAUUCUUCAUGAGGCAGCAUCCAUUGGAAAUGUUCAAGUAAUAAAAGAAAUCGUCAGUGUCUAUCCCAAGCUAAUUCAGAUAGAAAAUGAAGUGAACGAGAACCCAUUAUUUACAGCAGCUGCGUUUGGCCAGACAGAAGUAGUCCGGUUCUUUGCUAAUAAAUAUUAUGGAGACGAAGAAGGAAUUUUUCAAAAAUCUAUCAGAAGAUAUAGUGAUCAGAAAUCUAUUCUUCAAGUUGCCAUUGAAGGACAACACUUUGAGACGGCUUUGUUGUUGCUAAAACUCGAAGGAUUUUGGAUGUUGGAGGGGGAAUCACCGUGGCUUUUGGAGGACAGAAAUGGGAUUAGUCCUCUCGGAGCUCUCGCUCGUAUGCCGUCCUCUUUCAGGAGUGGACGCACCUUGGCCUUUCUCGAAACCUUAUUAUACUCGUGCCUUCCUGUUGAAGAUGAGAUUGAUUGUGCCGUUACUCCACAGUCUUCAAGAGAAGAGAAGGAUUUGGAGAUGUGUAUGAACACAGAGCAUAGGCAGAACCAAGCCAGAUCCUGCAUCCUGCCUUUCCAUAAAGUGUGGCCGACGGUGGAAAAGAUCUGGAAAGAAAAGAAAAGGCACAAAUUAGCUUUGCAACUUGCCAGAUUGCUAAUAAAAAUAGCAGUCGAACGGCAUCAUAAAACGCCAAUAUUUGUUGCUAUUGAGAUGGGAAUAAUAGAGAUUGUUCAUGCAACAAUCGAAGAAUUUCCUCAGGCUACUGAGCAGCUAAACGAGAAGAAACACAACAUAUUGCAUGUGGCUGUAUUGAACCGACGCCAUGACAUUUUCAACCUUUUAAAAGAAAUUAAUAGCGGAUUACAAUGGAAGAGGAUGACUGAAGCAGUUGCAGACGAAGGUUAUACAUUGUUGCACCAAGUCGCAUCCACUGUCAAAGAAGGCACCAAGCCUGGUCCUGCACUUCAACUACAAGAAGAGUUACUAUGGUUUGAUCGUGUGAAGAAAAUAGUUCCCUCUCAUUAUGCCAUGCAUCGUAUACAUUAUAAAGAUGAUCACUGGGUGACUCCAAAACAGCUUUUUGACAUAAAGCACAAAGAACAGCUCGCUGAUGCGCAGCAAUGGACGAAAGAUACAUCUCAGGCUUGCUCUACUGUUGCUGCUCUAAUCGCCACUGUGGUUUUUGCUGCUGCCUUCACUAUACCAGGAGGUUUAAAUGAUAGAGGGUUGCCUAUUUUUCGCAACUCUCCUUAUUUCUUGCUCUUCACUGUCAUGGAUGUUGUUUCUUUAGCUUUCUCUUUGACUUCCGUUGUGGCUUUCCUCUCUAUUCUCACUUCGCCAUUUGAAUUUCGUGAGUUCGAACGCUCCAUCCCACAGAAGCUUUCUUUUGGCUUCACUUUGCUCUUCUUGUCGGUGAUUUCGACCAUGAUUACUUUCGCUGUCACCGUAUUAUUACUCAUUCAAUCGGAGAAACAUUGGACAACGAGCCUCAUUUCUGUUGCUGCUUUGCUUCCUGUCUCGGUGUUCGCACUCUUACAAGCCCGUUUGUAUUGGGCACUGUUAUGGGACAAUUUUCCUGCGCUAAGGAGGCUAUUUUCCAGCUCAGGAUCCGUCACUUAUCGGGUAACCAAAGAUUUCUCAACUCUGGAGCCGAUUCCAGUGCCAAUACGUUAAAAUACAUAGACUCUACUCUAAUUGUUGCUAAGAAAAAGCUGCAUUGAGCUUAGUAAGCAGCAUAGAGCAAUGUUAUUUGGGCUAAUCACCAAUUUAUAGUUAUAACGGAGCAGCUAGACACUUAAUUUUAUUCUGAAUAAAACAAAUGAAGAAGGAGAGGAAAGGGAAUUGGAAAUUGA